ACCCCGAGCACCAUGUCGUCCCCGGCGUCCACCCCGAGCCGCCGCGGCAGCCGGCGCGGGCGAAUCACUCCCGCGCAGACGCCUCGAAGUGAGGAUGCCAGGUCAUCACCGUAUCAGAGACGUAGAGGCGAAGAUUCUACCUCUACAGGAGAGCUGCAGCCUAUGCCGACCUCGCCUGGAGCUGACCUGCAGAGCCCUGCCGCUCAGGACACGUUAUUUUCCAGCCCUGCUCAGAUACAUUCUUCAACAAUCCCCCUUGACUUUGACGUUAGUUCACCACUGACAUAUGGCACUCCCAGCUCUCGGGUAGAGGGAACCCCAAGGAGUGCUAUUAGAGGCACGCCUGUGAGGCAGAGGCCUGACCUGGGGUCUGCUCGGAAAGGCCUGCAGGUGGAUUUGCAGUCCGAUGUGCCAGCAACAGAAGAUAUAGUGGCGAGUGAGCAGUCUCUAGGCCAAAAGCUUGUGAUUUGGGGAACAGAUGUAAAUGUAGCAACAUGCAAAGAAAAUUUUCAGAGGUUCCUUCAGCGUUUUAUUGACCCUCUGGCUAAAGAAGAAGAAAAUAUUGGCAUAGAUAUUACGGAACCUCUGUACAUGCAGCGACUUGGAGAGAUUAAUGUCAUUGGGGAGCCAUUUUUAAAUGUAAACUGUGAACACAUAAAAUCAUUUGACAAAAAUCUAUACAGACAGCUCAUCUGCUACCCACAGGAAGUUAUCCCAACCUUUGACAUGGCUGUCAAUGAGAUCUUCUUUGACCGUUACCCUGACUCAAUCUUAGAACAUCAGAUUCAAGUAAGACCAUUCAACGCACUGAAGACAAAAAAUAUGAGAAACCUGAAUCCAGAAGACAUCGACCAGCUCAUCGCCAUCAGUGGCAUGGUAAUCAGGACAUCCCAGCUGAUUCCAGAGAUGCAAGAAGCUUUCUUCCAGUGCCAAGUGUGCGCCCACACAACCCGGGUGGAGAUUGACCGUGGUCGCAUCGCUGAGCCCUCCGUCUGUGAGCGUUGCCACACCACCCACAGCAUGGCACUGAUCCAUAAUCGCUCUGUGUUCUCCGACAAGCAGAUGAUCAAACUUCAAGAGUCUCCUGAAGAUAUGCCUGCAGGGCAGACGCCUCACACUGUCAUCCUUUUUGCUCACAAUGAUCUUGUUGACAAGGUUCAGCCUGGAGACCGAGUGAACGUUACAGGCAUCUAUCGAGCUGUUCCUAUUCGAGUCAACUCACGUGUGAGUAAUGUGAAGUCUGUCUACAAAACCCACAUUGAUGUCAUUCACUAUCGGAAAACUGAUGCAAAACGUCUACAUGGCCUUGAUGAAGAAGCAGAGCAGAAACUGUUUUCAGAGAAGCGUGUGGAGUUGCUUAAGGAACUUUCCAGAAAACCAGACAUUUAUGAGAGACUUGCUUCAGCCUUGGCUCCAAGCAUUUAUGAACACGAAGAUAUAAAGAAGGGAAUCUUGCUUCAGCUCUUUGGUGGAACAAGAAAGGAUUUUAGUCACACAGGCAGAGGCAAAUUUCGUGCUGAGAUCAACAUCCUGCUGUGUGGUGACCCUGGUACCAGCAAGUCUCAGCUGCUGCAGUAUGUGUACAAUCUGGUCCCCAGGGGCCAGUACACGUCUGGGAAAGGCUCCAGUGCAGUUGGCCUCACCGCAUACGUGAUGAAAGACCCUGAGACGAGGCAGCUUGUCUUGCAGACUGGUGCCCUUGUUCUGAGUGACAAUGGAAUCUGCUGUAUUGAUGAGUUUGACAAGAUGAAUGAAAGUACGAGGUCAGUACUACACGAAGUCAUGGAACAGCAGACUCUUUCCAUUGCAAAGGCUGGGAUCAUUUGCCAGCUCAAUGCACGCACGUCUAUCCUGGCAGCAGCAAAUCCUAUUGAGUCUCAAUGGAAUCCAAAAAAAACUACCAUUGAAAAUAUCCAGCUGCCUCACACAUUAUUAUCAAGGUUUGAUUUGAUCUUCCUCAUGCUGGACCCUCAGGACGAAGCAUACGACAGGCGUCUGGCUCACCAUCUUGUGUCUCUGUACUACCAGAGUGAGGAACAAGUGGAAGAGGAGUUCAUGGACAUGGCAGUGCUGAAGGACUACAUCGCUUACGCCCACGGCGCGGUCGUGCCUCGGCUGAGCCAGGAAGCCAGCCAGGCUCUCAUCGAGGCUUAUGUAGACAUGAGAAAGAUUGGCAGCAGCCGAGGAAUGGUUUCCGCAUACCCUCGACAGCUGGAAUCAUUAAUUCGGUUAGCAGAAGCCCAUGCUAAAGUACGAUUUUCAAACAAAGUUGAAGCAAUUGAUGUUGAAGAAGCAAAGCGCCUCCAUCGGGAAGCUCUAAAGCAGUCUGCCACCGACCCCCGGACGGGCAUUGUGGACAUCUCCAUUCUAACUACAGGAAUGAGUGCCACCUCUCGUAAACGGAAAGAAGAAUUAGCUGAAGCAUUGAAAAGACUUAUUUUAUCUAAGGGCAAAACACCAGCUCUAAAAUAUCAGCAACUUUUUGAAGAUAUCCGUGGACAAUCUGACAUAGCGAUUACCAAAGAUAUGUUUGAAGAAGCCCUGCGUGCCUUGGCUGAUGACGACUUCUUGACAGUAACUGGCAAAACCGUCCGCCUGCUCUGA